ACGGACAUUUUUAUAAAAAUAUAGUUUUUUAAUAUUCGUACUUUUAUAUUCAACACAAAUAUAAUAAUGGCAGUACGAUCAGUACUUUAAAUGUUUACAAUCGCUUCAAUGGAUUUGAAAAGAAAAAAGACGUUUUAAUAAAUUCCAAAUUAUCACGAGUCAUCAGCUAAGAAUUGAAAUAUAAAAGGGAAAUGUUGUGUGUAUACAUUGUAUACAUACUUGGCACUUUAUCCUGUGGAUAUGCUGCUGAAAGCAUUGACGGAAAAAGAUUAGCAGAGGAACUUAAGAAAAUAAAAAAAGAUAUCGGUGUUGAUCACAUGCAGGAACAAUUCAAUAAUUUUCAACAUGACAUUAAGUCGGAUACAGGGACCCAGUUAUUAAACAAGAUUCAAUCCAGUCUUGAAACAUCCCUGAAUGACUUGAAUACAGUACUAGACAAUGUUUAUUCAGAAAUUGUAUCUGAUUCUCAAGAUUUACCAUCAACAAAUCUACAGCGAUGCUGUGACAUACAGGAAAGUGACUUAACGUACUAUCCGGAGUUUCAGUCAAAAGUCGAUAGAAGUAAAGCGUGUGUUACCACAUCGCUCUUAGCUGGAAACAAUAUGAAAUACCCGACAGACCAAAUCAGUGAUGUAAUGAAAACCAACUAUGAAAACAAUAAGAACGUGUUAUGGCAGCAUUACAGCACUAUAGAGGGUGUGUCUGUUAUUUACCCCGCCACGAAGUGGGAGAACUGUCAGAACUUUGAUCCAAGAUUUAAAUCUUCAUACGCCGCUGCAGCGUCGCCAACGGAUAAGGAUGUCGUGAUUGUGAUUGAUGCAAGUGCGUCUAUGAGACAGCCAACUGGAGUGAUAGACAAAACUAAGAUUGUCCUUGCCAAAGAGGCAGCAAACAAUGUAUUGCAAACACUUAAACCAAAUGAUAGGGUAGGGAUUGUUCGAUUUGAUAACAAUGCAUAUACUCCAACAGGAGGAACAUAUAGUUCAUGUUAUGAAAACCAACUUGCAUUUGCAACAAAAGAAAACACGGACAAACUAAAGGGAUAUAUCUUUUCUAUAGAGCCAUCUGGGAAUUCUGAGCGUAACUUUGAAAAUGCGUUAUUAGCUGCAUUCAAAUAUUAUAAUUCCUCUCAUGAAGAUGUUCAGCUUGACAACAGAGAACAAAUAAUUCUUUUUAUCACUGAUGGAGUAUCUUCAUCUGGGAAGAAUCCGGUUCAAGUUAUCAGCAAUGAGAAUUCGAAAUAUGGAAAUAAAAUUGCAAUUUUUACUUAUCCCCUUGGGCAAGAUGAAAGUGCAAAGACACAGUUACAAAGUAUGGCGAAUCAGUCUCUACACAAUGCUUCUUACGGACCGAAACAGAUUGGACGCUUUGAAGAUUUUGACCAAGGCAACCAGAAAUUUUUUCCAACAAAAUUGGCUACAUUUUAUGUGCAUCUACCAACAGCAGGCCAAGCAGACCAAUCAACAUACACUGUGCCAUAUGUAGAUCCUUUCUCGGGAGUAGGGUUAAUUACAUCAUUAUGUCGACGUGUGCAAGUAUCGAGUGGAUUGCAUGGAGUAAUGUGCACCGAUGUGAAAAUAAGUAAACUUAUGACUGAAAUUGAGUACUUCUCUGAGGACGAAUUCACCUAUGCGUUUAUGAUAGAUGGUACCGGGAGAACACUUAUGCAUCCUUUGUUACCAAAUGCAGCAUUUGUUAAGUCUACGGAAGAUCCUGUUCUUGUCGAUAUUGGUGUGUUCGAACGAGGAGAUGCUGCCAAAUCAGUUAUUGAGUCAAUGAAAAGUGGAGGCAAUGGUUCGAAAUCAUUUACGAAGUUCUUUACCAAACCACGUGGUAAACUGGUUAAUGAUGGUAGUAGUGAUACCAGUCGUCAAGCACAUUUCUUUUGGGGUUCGAUACCGAGGAGUAACUUUUCUGUGUGUAUUGUUUUUGUAAACGAAUCGUACGCAGAAAUUUCUGAAUCCAAAUUUCAACUUGGUGACAUAGAAAUAGAGGAGGUUUUUAUGUACCAUAAUCGAAGUUUGUUUACUGAUACCUCUCUCUCGGAUUGUAAAUUCUAUAAGAGGCGUGUAACAUUAGACCAUAGUUGUGUAAAGUUUUCACAAGCUGCUUUUGAAAACCCCUUUCAAUAUUUAGACCGUGAUGAAACAGCAGAAGAUGUCAGUAAAUACAAAGAUUUUCUAACAAAAAAUAUCGACACAAAUCCUGGAUUUAAGUCAACACUUCGAUCAUCAGUGUGGGCUACGUAUAAAGCUGAAGAGUUUUGGAAGAGUAAUCAGGCGAGGCACGUGGCAUGGCGAUACAUUGCAACAAAGGCAGGGCUGAUUAGAAUUUAUCCCGGAGUAAAUCUACUUAAAUCAUAUGAUCAUGAGAAACGAGGCUGGUGGCGACAGGCGAUGGCACACCCAGGCUCCAUGUUCAUAACCACACCCUAUGUUGAUGUCUGGGGAUCAGGAAUAGUUCUAACAUUUGUACAUACGUUACAUAAAAAAGGUUCGAAUAUAGUAACUGCUGCAUCAGCUGCAGAUUUUCCAUUGGAGUAUUUUAAUUGGUUCAUAACCAGUGUGUAUCCAUCCUGUGGCGGUAGCAGUUGCAUUAUAAUAGAUGACAGUGGAUUCGUUGUUAUGCAUCCAAGACUCAAAGAAACAACCGACGAAAAAUUCAUUUAAGGAGCCCAAGCAUAUCACUGUAGAGGAACCUCGUAUUGCAAACAUAUUGCGAAGUCAAGGCGUGUUAAUUCAAAAAUCAUGUCAAGAUUAUUCUACGAAUAAAGAACUUUCGUCGUAUAGGGU